AUGUCUCACGAGGAGGAUCUCAUUGACUACUCCGAUGAGGAGCUUCAGACCACUGAUGCCGCAGCUACCACUGCUGCUCCCGCCGCAAAUGGCGACGCCGCCAAAAAGGGCGACCUAACGGUUUCUGGUGGCCGUCCCGACAAGAAGGGAAGCUAUGUCGGUAUUCACUCGACCGGUUUCCGCGACUUUUUACUGAAGGGAGAACUCUUACGUGCCAUCACCGAUUGCGGUUUCGAACAUCCAUCGGAGGUCCAGCAAGUUUGCAUUCCGACCGCUAUUCUCAAUGUCGAUGUUCUUUGCCAGGCAAAGUCUGGUCUCGGAAAGACCGCCGUCUUCGUCUUGACCACCCUUCACCAGCUGGAGCCUGUCCCCGGAGAGUGCUCUGUCUUGGUCAUGUGCCACACCCGUGAGUUGGCUUACCAGAUUAAGAACGAAUAUGCUCGUUUCAGCAAAUACCUUCCCGACGUGAAGACUGCCGUCUUCUACGGAGGUACGCCCAUCCAGAAGGACGUCGAAGUGCUGUCCAACAAAGAAUCAUACCCCAACAUUGUCGUCGGUACUCCCGGUCGACUGAACGCCCUUGUUCGCGACAAGAAGCUUUCCCUGCGUAAUGUCAAGGCAUUCGUUCUUGACGAGUGUGACAAGAUGCUCGACCAGAUCGAUAUGCGCCGCGAUGUUCAGGAGAUCUUCCGUGCUACACCCGCUGAUAAGCAAGUUAUGAUGUUCAGCGCUACUCUCUCCCAAGAGAUCCGGCCUGUUUGCAAGAAGUUCAUGAGGAACCCCCUUGAAGUUUACGUGGACGACGACACCAAGCUCACCCUCCACGGUUUGCAGCAAUACUACAUCAAGCUCAGCGAAGCGGAAAAGAACCGGAAGCUGAACGAACUCCUGGAUAGCCUUGAGUUCAACCAGGUUAUUAUUUUCGUCAAGAGCACACUCCGUGCAAAUGAGCUGGACAAGCUUUUGCGCGAGUGUAACUUCCCCAGUAUCGCAGUCCACUCUGGUGUGAGCCAGGAGGAGCGUAUCAAACGCUACAAAGAAUUCAAGGAGUUCAACAAGCGUAUCUGUGUUGCUACUGAUGUCUUCGGACGUGGUAUCGAUAUCGAGCGUAUUAACCUUGCUAUUAACUACGACUUGCCUGCGGAUGCUGACUCGUACCUGCACCGCGUUGGUCGUGCCGGUCGUUUCGGUACCAAGGGUCUCUCGAUCUCGUUCGUCAGCAACGAGGAGGACGAGAAGGUCCUUAAGGAUAUUGAGAAGCGUUUCGAAGUUGCUCUUCCUGAAUACCCCGAGGGUGGUGUUGACUCCAGCACGUACAUGGCAUAA